GAUCUCUGUUUGCCGUUCCUCCUCUUUCCCCCCUCCCCCCUCUCUCUUUCUCUCUCUCUCCCCCAGUGUCUCCAUCUCGUACUCCACUGCUCUCUUCAUCAACAGAGGGACAACAGCUGAGGAAACUUGAUAGCACUCCAUCCCCUUCUCUCCUCCUCUUCCCUUUUUCUUAACCUCCCUCUUUUCUUCUCUCUAUCCCUCUCUCAUUCUCCAGCAGCGAUGUAGUUCUCUCUCAAACUUUAACAGCUGUUUGGCAUUGAAGUCUUGACUCAUAUCCAUCACGUGUGGACCUCUAUGGAUUCGUUCCCUGGUUCUUUUUGAGAUAUUUCUAGAGCUGCCUCUCUUCAUUCAUCUUCUGUUUACCUUGUCGUGUUGGUGUGUUUGGACCAUGGCCAUGAAGGAAACCAUACUCCCUAUUAGUGAGGUGUCGAUUCCAUACCCGGAGGUCGUGGAACUCAACGUUGGUGGCCAGGUGUACGUCACCAAGCGCUCCACCCUAGUCAGCAUACCUGACACCACCCUCCACACCAUGUUCACACGGUGCAGCCCACACGAGUUGCCCCGCGACAGCCGAGGGCGCUUCUUCAUUGACCGCGAUGGUUUCUUGUUCCGAUACGUGCUAGACUUCCUACGGGACCGCCAGCUCGUGCUACCAGAACACUUCCCGGAGCGGGAACGUCUUCAGCGUGAGGCCGAGCACUUCCAGUUAGGGGAACUGCUUAGACUUUUGGGCCCACGUGUAGCCAAGCAAGGCUCGCUUAAUGACGAAGGCUGCCAGAGUGACAUUGAAGAAAGUUCACAGAGUAGCGAGUUGGUGACUCGAACUGGAAACUAUGCCAUCACCUACGCAUCUUCCUCUUCCAUUCUGGACAAGAGGUCUGGGUUUAUUACAAUAGGUUAUCGGGGAUCCUACACGAUGGUGAGGGAUAACCAAGCCGAUGCUAAGUUUCGCCGUGUGGCACGGAUCAUGGUCUGUGGGCGGAUCGCCCUUGCGAAGGAAGUUUUUGGGGACACUCUAAAUGAAAGUCGAGAUCCGGACCGUCCACCAGAGAAGUACACCUCCCGCUUCUACCUGAAGUUCACCUACCUGGAGCAAGCGUUCGACAGGUUGAGCGAGGCUGGGUUCCAGAUGGUGGCCUGCAACUCAAGUGGGACAGCUGCGUUCGUUAACCAGUACAGAGAUGACAAGAUCUGGAGCAGCUACACGGAGUACAUCUUCUUCAGACCUGUGUGCAAGUCAGCAUCCCCUAAACUGGAGUGUGAGGAGCCCAAGUGCGAGAAACUGCUGGAUAAGGCCAGCGAGAGCGGAGCCUCGUUGAACGAGCUCUCCACAUCCAGCUCCGAGACCCACUCAGAGGCCACGUCUCCCCAGGACGGGGGUCCCAUCCUGGUGUCACGGGGUGAGGUUGUGGGGGGCUCGCUGGCUCCGUGCGGUGCCCUGCACUCUGUAUCUCGACCUCCGAGCACUCUUACUCUGGGCCGACCGCCCAAGAAAGGAUCUUCGGUGCAAUGGAUGGAGCUGCCGGAUAAGAGGCGGAACAGCGAGCUGUUCCAGUCCCUCACUAGCGGGGUUGGUCCGCAGGAAGGUGGGGGAAGCGGUCUGACCCGGAGGAAGACUCUGGAGAGGCCCAGCGUGGAGGAGGAAAUGAAACAGUGCAUCCGAGAUUUCAGAAAAAUCAAGAUCCCUCCAGCGUUCCCAGAGCGCAAACGGCAGUGGCAGUCAGAACUGCUUCAGAAAUACGGCCUAUAAAGAAAACUCAGGAUAGGCCACUGGUUUAAACUAUCCAACCGAUUCACAAUCUCGCACAAUAGAUUGCCCAACAGACUUUAAAGCCCUCAAAGGCCUUGAUUCCCACUGAGAAACCAAACAACUGAGUAUCAGAAAAGAGAAUGAAAGAACUUGAACCAACGAAACGUUCCACUUUGCUCUGUUUUUGUUCAGAUUGACAGCAUCAUUCAUAUCUUUGAACUAUACUUUAAAAACCUACCAAAAAGUGUUGAUGGAGAAUGUUUAAGUGAAAAGCCAUUAAUUUUAGAGUCAUCAAAAUAAACCUUUCUGUUGUCCAUAAGGUCUGCAAGUAGGGCUCAUAGUAUAUCUCUAUAAACUAUUAACUAUAAACUACAAUUUAAAAUGUUCAUCAAAUUGCAGUUAAUCACAUAUAUAACAGCAUUUGCUAAAAAAGCCCCCAUUUUGCAAUCAAGUCUAUCAGUCCUGGGCUGUUCGAAUAGGACACUUCCAUAUAUUUCUUAAUUUUUGGUUUAUGUUGACAAAUUAUAGAUGGAUGUCUUUGGAUGUUGCAUCAUUUCUUGUGUCAUAUCUAUUUUUUUCAUUAUGUGUCACAUUCCAAACCGUUUUAAGUCUUGUGCCACAUUAAAUGUGUUCAUUUAUUGGAAUAAAUUAUAUUAUAUGGAUGUUAAACUGACAGCCCUAUAAUAGAAUUCUAUACAAUAAAUUUAAAUAUAUAAACAUACAGCUGUAUAUUUGCUCAUUAAGCCAGAAUUGGAAGGUACGACGAACGAGUUGCACAUAAUCUCAAAUCCAAACUGGAAUAUAAAAGGAUAUAGGGAUUUUAUAUUAGCAGCAUAAAAUGAGGACAGAUACAUAAUAUAAUGAAUAAAUUAUCUUCUCAUUCCAUUCCUUUGGAUGACCUAAUUGUUACAUUUAUAUGUUGGACA